AUGGAGCGCGAGCAAUUUCUCUCUAAUCUCCAGUUUCAACAGAUAUUAUCUAUUAUUAACAAUAAAAGGGCAAAUCAAUCCUCCAAUCCUAAGGCCAAUGCUGCUGGUACUUCUUCAAGUUUGUCACAAGCACCGUUGCGCCUCCGUCGAUUAAUCCUCGAUAGUGGUGCAACCGAUCAUAUUACUUCUUCUCCAAAUUUGCUUGUCAACAGUCAUCAGAACACUAUUUUACCGCCAGUUAUUAUGCCCAGUGGAGAACAGGCUCCAAUCACAUCUACUGGAACUUUACCUUUGAACUCUGUUAUUUCUCUGAAAAAUGUGCUUGGUGUGCCAUCUUUCAAGGACUUGACGACGAAGACGACGAUUGGUUUGGGUAAACAACAAGACGGACUUUAUUACUUGGUCGCAUUGGCGUCAACAACACCGAGUCCUAAAUUCAGAUCCUCCGCUGCCAUUGCUAGCCAUCCAUCUUGUUCUCAUGUCACCUCCUCCACUGACUUGUGGCACCGCCGAUUAGGGCAUCUGUCUUCCUCUAGAUUAGAUUUUAUGGCAAAAAAUUUGCUCAAUUUUCCUUUCAAAUCCAAUAAUCCUUGUGAUACCGUUUGA